AUGGACAUUAGCACUGAUAGACCUACAGGUCUACAAGGCAAGGAAGCAAUCUGGAGGCGAGACAACUGGGAUUGGGAAGUCUAUCUCAGGAAGAAGGAAGAAGAGAGAGGGAAAAACCCACGAGCGGGAGAAAAAACCCUCAAGGCACAUGACUGCUGCUGGCCCUAG